CUUUUCUAGGCUUGGUAGGAAUUCCAGAUCCCAGCUGCAUCAUGAAGACGCUCAUCUCCCUCCUACUCCUGCUCUUCACUGUUGAAGCUCAGCAUGGACCACUUUGGACGUACUCAGACGGAGCCCUGGAUGAAGCCCACUGGGAAUUUAUUUACCCCAACUGUGGGGGGCAGAAUCAAUCCCCCAUUGACAUCCGGAGGAAUAAGGUGCGUUACAACCACCAGCUGAAGAAUUUGAAGUUGUCUGGCUAUCAGGGGCCUCUGAAGGGAAACUUCCUCAUGACCAACAACGGUCACACAGUCUAUAUCAACCUGCCACCCACCAUGCAGAUCACCAAUGGACUGCCCGGGACCUACACUGCUGUGCAGCUGCACUUUCACUGGGGCGGACAGAGCUUGGAAACCAGCGGCUCUGAGCACACGGUGGACGGGAUGAGACACGUUGCCGAGUUGCACAUUGUCCAUUAUAACUCUGAUCGAUAUGCCAGCUAUAAAGACGCCCUAAAAAAGCCCAAUGGCCUGGCAGUGUUGGCAGCCCUAUUUGUGGCUGGAAAUGCAGAGAAUACUUACUACAGCCAACUCCUGAAGCACCUGGCCAAGGUCAAAUAUGCAGGACAAUCCACUAACCUGACUUCCAUUGAUGUCCUGAGUAUGUUGCCCAAAAAUAUUGAUGACUUCUACAGGUACCACGGCUCUCUGACUACACCCCCAUGCUACGAGAGUGUCAUCUGGACUAUUUUUGAUGCCCCCAUCACUGUUUCUCUUGCUCAGAUUAUAAAGUUGGAAAACUCUUUGCUCGACCGUAAUAACAACACGAUCCACAAUGAUUACCGCGAGACCCAGCCCCUCAACAGUCGUGUGGUGGAAUCUAGCUUCCAAGUCAAAACCAUUCAGGGUCAAAACACUUUUGAUGAGGACAUCAGGAGCAUGCUGAGGGAAAUCCAAAAUGACCUCAAAGAACUAAGAGCACAGUUACGUUUCAGAGGCUCUUCUCCGGCUUUCCCUGCCUUCCACUUCCCCCGGGAGAACGUAGCCAGCUUCGUGCAAGUCUGGCCCCUGCGGUCCAUGAAGCUCCACUCUUUCUCGUUAUGCUUCUCUGCCCGGACCGCCGGCCGGGGCAGCCAGACGGUCUUCUCUUACUCCACCCUGGACAGCACCAGUGAGAUGGAGGUCACGGUGGGCUCCCAGGUGACCCUAUGGGUCGGGGGAGUCCCGGCAGUCUUCUCUGCUCACCCCCAGGCAGAGGCGUGGACCCACUUCUGCAUGACCUGGGCUUCCCAUUCAGGUCUGGCGCACCUGUGGGUCAACGGGCUGGCAAGGGGUGAGCAGAGCCUCCGGAGAGGGCACGUGAUCGAGGAAGGGGGGACGCUGAUCCUCGGCAAGGACCGGGACGGCCUCACGGAGGUCUUCUCCGAUGCCUUUGAGGGUGGGAUGAGCCGCAUGAACUGCUGGAGCCACGUCCUGGACCCCAAGGACAUCGCGACUCUGGCCCGCUGUGGCCCCGCUACGGCCAAGGCAGACGUGGUGGCCUGGGGGGAGGCCAGGAUGAGCCUGUCCGGAGGGGUCAGACUGGACUAUGAUUCCAGUUGCUGGGGACACUACUGAGCCUAGGAGGCUGGCCCGCACCCACCUAAUCAGGGGAGCAUUCCAUUCUGCUUCCGAAACCAGAACCCCAACCCGCAGAUCUCUGCGGUGCCUUCCCUCUGCUGAGCUGCUUUCUCUUUCCUCUCUCUGCCCUAGAAGAGGGCUUCAGUCCUUCCCUGAAUCCACUCUGAGAGUCUCUUUGAGUGGAGACGUGACUAUUAAACGGGUUUGAACCGAUCUGACUGGGGAGUGUGGCCUUCUAGGAAAAGCAGGAAGCAGCUCCGAGCUGAUGGGGAGACAGAAUGAGCAGGGAAUGUUGUCUGUUUAUUGUUAUAUUGUACUCUCCCAACCGCUUAGUA